AUGGACGAGCCAACUUCAGCUGAAAAUGGGUAAGUACUUGUUUAGUUUUUAUUGUUUGUUUUAGUGUAAAACGAAGGCGGAGAACUAAUUCAACAUGUUCCGUCUUAUCCACGGCCACCGAUUCUACGAUUGGAAGGCGUCGAAGAGGGGAAUUAAAUGCGGAAUUAGACACCAAAACGUUUAAAAUGUCCGAUCUUAUUGUAUGGAGACCAAAUACUGAAAACGAAUUGAGAAAGAAGUGGGAUGAUCAGAAACAGAAGCUCUUGGAGAGUAUGAGCAACGCGUCGGGUUCUUCAGAACAAUUUGCCAAGCCUAAGCCACCGGUGUCUGUUCCAAGGGUGAAGCUGAACGAAAAGGGGGAGAUUGUUAUUGAUCAAGAAAGCUUAGUGGUCACGGAGUCUCCGGAAAAUAAUGUUUGGGAUCAUGUCGAUGAUGUGAGUUCUUGCGAUUAUAAUAUUUAUCUACUGGUUUGUAGGACGUCAUGCCCAAGAAGUUAAAUUCGAUGAGUUUUCGCAAGAAGAUUCAACGAUCCUCCGCGUGGACUGAUUUAGAAACUGAUAUGUUUUACAGUAAGUCGGUCAGACAUUUUACCUUUAUUCAUUUAGAUGUUUUGAGUGCUACUGGUCCGGAUUUUGGUCUGAUGCAUGAAUUUAUUCCCUGUCGGACAAGAGCUGAAUUAAAGAAGAAGUUUUCGAAAGAAGAAAGAGAAAACUCUUGGAGAGUCGAUGAAACUUUAAGAAAGCCUUCGUUGUUAAGUAGAGAUCUGUUUGGCAAGGUGAAGGAGAUGAUGAAGAAAAUUGAGGCGGAGAAAGUUGCGAGGAAAGAAGCAAAAAAGAAGAGGAAAGAAGUUAUUAAUGACAACAAUGAGGACGAAAACAAUCCAGAGCAAGAUGAUAACGGUGAUGUUAUUCCAUAA